AUGGAUAAGUCAAUUGGAAAUCCCCACCGAGGCUCCGCCCAGCCGAGCGCACAAAACCCAGUGCGCCUCCCUCCAUCUGCAUCAGUCUGCACUGACCUUUGGAUUGAGACGGAGCUACUUCUUCGUGACAGUCACAAAGUCAACCACAAUCAGAUGGAUUAUAACUUCGACAACAUGGAGCCCAAACAUGGGAAACAGUCGCCUUACCAAGAGGACCGUUUUGACAGCGGCCUGGAGUCCCUGAAGGAGGACGAGCUGGCGAACGAGUUUGAGGAAAUGACAGUCAGCUUAGGGGACGAUCUUACACAGGAAUACGAGCCUUGGAGAACUGCAGUGACUGAGGAUGGUGACACGCUUCUCCACUUGGCCCUAAUUCAUGAAGCCACAGACUAUGCUCUCCAGAUGAUCAAACUGUCUCACAAUCACCCCUUCCUCAAUGUGCAGAACCACCAGAGACAGACUGCCCUCCACCUAGCAGUGAUCACAGAGAAGCCACAGUUGGUUGAGAAGCUCCUGAAGGCCGGCUCUGACCCACGGCUGACCGACAACAGUGGGAACACAGCUCUCCACAUCGCCUGCAAGAGGGGCUCCCUUGCCUGCUUCAGCGUCAUCACCCAGAACUGCCAACGCCACCUGGCCUCCAUCUUGUCCUUCCCCAACUACAGUGGACAUAACUGUCUCCACUUGGCAUCCGUUAACGGCUACAUUUCAUUGGUGGAAAACCUUGUUAAGCUGGGUGCAGACAUCAAUGCACAGGAACAGUGUAGUGGCCGGACGUCGCUCCAUCUGGCUGUGGAUCUCCAGAACGCCACGCUGGUCCGUUGCCUCCUGGACCUCGGCGCCGACGUUAACUGCUUUAACUAUGGCGGCUUCACGCCGUACCACCUCACCUAUGGGCGCCAGAACGAAGAGAUCCGCUGCCAGCUUUACGAGAAGACGGCUCAGGAGCUGAGGGAGCUGCCUGACAGCGAAUCAGAUGACAGCGACAUGGAGGAUGCGGGCCUGUCGGAAGAUGAGCUGUAUGAUGACAUAAAGUUCGGAAAGUAAACUGCAGCAUCCCUCUGCUGGUGGUGUGAACAGCAGGGAAGCUACUAUGGGGUGCCAGCCACGGCCCAGCAGUGUGGGACAUGUCAGUCCACGUCCCCCUUCCAGGUCCAAGUCCACAGGGGCUGGCCAUGGGAUCACAAACAAUGAACGAAGACGGCGUCCAGUCUGGUCCAAGCCGGCCCGGAUCACUCAAUGAUCUGUGCCAAAAAAACCAUAGUACAGCAAGACCACGACCUCCAUAUAGUCCUUCUGUAUACUGUAUAGAUAUGUAUAUUGAUUUGUAUAUACCAGACUUGUAAUAUAUUGUAAAUACAGAGAUAUUAUUUUUGUACUUGUACAUAUUUGUGUGAAUUUAAACACUAUUAAUACAAAAUUGUUCAGAAUAAAGACUUCUAUGAACAUAGA